AUGGACUUCUCAAGACUUCGCCGAAGCAAUCUUCAUGUUGCCGUGGAACCGUUUUGCAUAUUGUGCCGGCGACGCUUUCCUGCACCACACCGCGACUGCGAUUAUGUCGGCCGAACGGACGCGGCCCAAAGCGGGUGCGAAGACUGGGAGCUGGACGUUCUGGGCGUGUUUAACACCACCAUGGAACCCCUGUCCAGUUAUUCGCUUCACAUCUUUCGCAGCGAUCUGCACGUCGAUUCUUGGCCAGGCCACUAUGAAACGCGGUUUCGGCUGCGCCGCAAGCCUGACGAUCGGCCCGGCGACAGACAGAGCAGACAAGACGGCCCAGGCAGACCGUGUCAGCGGCUGAGCGUCGGCCUCAGCUCAGGGACCUGCACCGACCCCGAGUAUCGGCCACAGCAUGUGCUGUUCUUCAUGCACGCCUGCUGCUGGAAGGUGCAAACGCAGGCCAUUCUGCCGCGCAGUGCUCGGCAGCAAGAACAUGCGGACGAGCACAUGCUGUCAGGACUACCCCGACCUGAAUGGAUGGCAGAGACAGUGCUGUCGUCGUCGUCGUCGUCGUCGUCUUCAUCUGCCUCGAUGCGCCGCUUUGUGGAACGCCUCACAGACGUCAUGCCAUUAGAGCUCCAGCUCUCCAUCCUUUGCUAUCUCAGCUCGUCAGGCCUCGUAACCGCGCUCUGCCGAGCUCUUGCGACAGCGGAAGUCCUCUUGUCACGGAUAGAUACUCGGCCAACCCCGGUUUUGACAGUCACGGAGAUUCUGCCUCCCGAAGCUAGCGCUGCCGAUAGAGGACUGGCAGGCACGCUCCAAGCUUCGUCUGUGUCCAUGUUUCGGCAUACCUACCUGCAUAGGAUAGCGUUUUCCCGUUCCCGGGACAGAUCGGGCGCCAAAACCCACAACACAACCCAUGCAUUCGCCAUUCCAGUCCGAGCCUUGCCUGUUGUUGGCGCAAAGGCCUGGUUGGGCCCGCACGGCAUCCAGGCUCUCGUCCUUGUCUAUGCCGAUCGGUCGACGUCCCCUAUGCUCGGCACCCCCGGCCAGCCAGGCAUGACCCAUGUGUAUGAGGUCUACUAUCCCGAGCGCACGUUGCAGCUACUGGUCGAUGAUCUUAAAGUCAAUCGCAUCGGCCUUGAUUUGCACCCCUCGAUGGCAAAACGAACCAUCGCCUGGCCCGAGUGCACCAUGCUGAAUGCAGAGAGGCCGAUCGGGCGCUUCCGCGACCUCUAUAUGGUCGAUACCGAGAGUCUCCCAGGCCAAAUCCUACACUACGCCGACUGGCGUAUUUGCGGGCAUCUGCCGCUGCGACGUCCUAGCGACGGCAUAUACGCCACGAGUCUUACGGCGUACGGCGACAACCGCGGCGUCUGCGGACUUGUCUCUCACUUUGCGCCGCGGCGUGCCGGACACAGACAGUCUGCCAGCUAUUAUUCGGUUGGCCAUGCACGUGGUCUGCCCGUUCAUGUUCCGCUGCAUCCGGCUGAGCGCAUUGUCAUGGUCAUUUUGCCUGCCACUCCGGAACGCAGCGAUCUCGGCAUUGGCGGCAGUCGAAAGGAGGGGCCCUCUUCCCCCCCCCCCGGAUGCCAAGGGCCAGAGACGGCCUGUUUCUCGUCUUCGACCAACGCGUUUCGUUUUGGAGUAAGGUGGUCUGUCGUCGCCAGCGCCGGCAGUGGCGCACAAGGAAUGCAGGAAAUGCAGGAAAUGCAGGAAAUGCAGGAAAUGCAGGAAAUAACAGGGCUUGUCGUCGACAUGCAGACGACCGAGCUGGACGGCCAUAUUAAAAGCACCGGCGUAUGUACUGCGGAUAGACCAGUCACUAGUCAUGGAACCGGUACAGGUACUGCUGCUGGUCACAAUACAGGGGCCACGCCGCAGUCGUUCCUUCUCCCGAUCGUCUGGCCAUACCCACUCGAUAAACAUCCGAUUGUCGGCGCUAUUCGCACAGCGUGGCUCUCCUGCGGGGGCAUCCGGCGGUUGCAUAUCCAGCGGCAAGGCCCGCGGUGCUCGGGUCUACGCAUCGACUACGUCAGCGGCUAUUCCGAGGUGCUCGGCUGUUGGCGUCCUCGCGGUCUCCCCAUCGAGAGCGAGCGUAUCGACGUUCGCUUCAUGGCCACAAGUGCGUCGCACACCGGCCGUCCCCUUGCGAGCGUGACCGAGGAGAUCCUUUUUGACGUGGACCGGCCGGUUGCGACGAUGCCGACGGCCCAGCCCACCGCGUUGACGUUCCGCUACUCGGAGCCCAGGAAGCACACCUGUUUGUGCGAGCGGUUCGUGCGGCGGCCACGAGACUGCCGUUACGUGACGGACAUUGUCGUCGGUCAGAGCACAAAAGGGCCGCACGACGUCGUCUUCUCGUGGGCGAACGCGCCGGCCGGGAUUGCCUGGGCAUACAACGACUCAUGCGACCUUGUGGAGUCGUGGGACGGAGCACACCGCACAAUUCCAAGGGACCAGAAGAGCCUUUGGCCGGCUCGGCCGCUCUGGCUCGUCGAGACGGACAUGGCAGACUAG